UGGUGCCAACAUUAAGCCAUCCGCAAGUUUAGCGUGGUUUUUACAAAAACAGUAGUCAUUCGCAUUGUUUUAACGUCCGCAUGAGUUGUAGACAUAUUCGUGUAAUUGAUUUAAACGUUUAUUGACUUCUGAAAUUUAUUUUUGGUGGCUUCUUUGCUUUGAAGUCAGUCCUGUUGAUGGUGCUGGUAAUGUACCACACAUUCUCGACCAUUGAACAUAGAAGAAGAAACACGGAUCUGUCAAAAAGAUCAAUGCAGUUCUCAAAAAAUAGCCUUCGCCGUCAGGUUUGAAUCGGCCUGGAAAUAUUUAUUUUUCCCCAUUUGUGCCAGUCGACACAAUGUCUGACAGACAACAUUGCUCGUGUUGCUCCCACCCAGUCUCCUCUUCCAGUGUUUACCAGACUCUAAAUGAAAUGGAUUUUGAUCGAGGUAUCUGGUCUGCUGCUAUGGAUGGAGACUUGGAGAGGGUGAAGUCUUUAGUCCAGAAGGGAACAGACCCUAACCUGAGAGACGCCGCUGGAUAUACAGCUCUGCACUAUGGAAGUCGUGGUGGUCAUCUUGCUGUGUGCAAGUUUCUUCUAGAGAACGGUGCUUGUGCCUCUCCCCAGACGCCAGGCAGUGCCACACCACUUCAUCGAUCAUCGUACUGCGGCCAUCUGGAUGUGGUGAGACUCCUUCUGCACCACAGAGCUGAUCCGAUGCUCUGCGAUGACGAUAACUCAUCCCCUUUGCAUAAGGCUGCAGAACGAGGCCAUGAAGAGGUGUGCCAGCUGCUUGCUGAGCGCUGCCCUGCACUCUGCAGCCAGGUGAACAAGAAACUCCAGCUACCCUACCAGCUGGCACAGAAAGAAAACCUGCAAGAGCUCUUAAAGCCGCCUCGACUAUGACACCAAACUGAAUCUGGGGCAUGCUGUGAUCACACAGAUGAUAUAAGACGAUGCCUGCUUCAUCUUUUCAAAGAUUUACUGCAUUUGACUCGUGUUUUUACUCAAAAAGCAACAGAAAGAGCCACAGACUGAAACACAAUGAGCAUAACGAUGCAUUUUCUGUUGGGGGUUCAUACCAGUCACACCAGAGUUUUGUGACACUUAAGUAACUCUGAUACUCCUACUUUUAUCAUUUAGUCAUUCAAUAAAUCUCAAUAAUUCUCUUAAACUAAUCUUUAAUGGACAGUUUCUGAACUCUUCUUAUUCCUAACAACAACCAUUAGAAAAAAACAGUACCUCAGCUAGACAAAUGUACGACUGAGGUUUUAAGUUUGAAGCUGAGACAUGCUCAGGAAACAGACAGAUGGUGAUUGAAUCAUCUGAAACGGACCGACAGGGACAAUGUCCCAGUUUAAAAGGGGUGAGUGACAUCCUGCACUCUGUGUAGUUUGGGAAGACAGACAUUAAAAUAGCAGAAAUGGCAUAAACGGAAUAACUUGAAAGAAGCUAAUAAGAUAAAUGAGAUAAAUCCACACAGAGUUGAAAGAUUUUUAGUCAGAAAACUCUAAGUGCAUCCCUGUGAGUGGUCUGGGAUAACUGGUUUGAGCCAUUUGAUUGUCGAUCACACCCCAAGUUUGUGCAGCAAACUACGUACACCACCAAUCCCUGCAGCAUCAAUGAUUGUGUAUUUUGAACAUAUGUGGUAUAAUAGUUUGUAUUAAAACUGGAGGAUUACAUCCUG